AUGUACGAUAAAGCAACGUCGAUAAGCCGGCGCGGUACUAUAAAAGGCCGAUUAACAAGGUUGUAUAAUUUCGUACAAAACUUCCCAGAAUUAAAUGGCGACAUAAAUCAAUUAAAAAUAAGAAAAACGACGGCAAGUGAAUGCUGGAACGAAUUUCAAAAAAUACAACAAGAAAUCGAACAAAAUGCCGAAGAUGCACAUGUGGAAGAAGCUUAUAGGAUAGAGGUCGAAGAGUUGUACUUUGAUAUGAUGGCCAGUUGCGAAACAUUAGUUGAAAAAAUGAAAUUGUCGGACGAGACAAACGUAAACGAAGAUGAAUUCAAUCAAAGGUCAUCGCGUCAAUCAACAACUAUAGCUGGAAGGAGUGGAAGUGGCACAUCAAACCAAGCAUCGAUAGUCAAGUUGGCCGCAUUAAGUGUGCCAGAGUAUAGUGGUGAUUAUAAGGAGUGGGCCACAUUUCAUGACAUGUUUGUAGCACUAAUACACUCGAAUGAAGCCUUAACUGAUGUACAAAGAUUUUUUUACCUAAAAUCAGCACUUACCGGGGAGGCGGCAAAAAUGAUAAAAAGUUUUGAAACAUCGGCAAAAAACUACACCAUAGCAUGGGAAUGUCUAAAAGAGCGAUAUAAUAAUAAACGCAUUUUGGUAAAAAAUCAUACGAAAGCGAUUUUCGACUUAAAACACAUAGACCAAGAAUCAUCUGCGAAAUUAAGAUACUUCAUUGAUUCGCUACAAGGGCACAGAAAAGCAUUAGAAGCGUUAGGUUACGAAACAAAAAACUGGGGCCCACUUUUAGUGCAUAUAAUUCUGAUAAAAUUAGAUACAGCCACGUUACGUGAGUGGGAGACUCAAGCUAACAAAACGGAAGUGUCUGAAGUAGAUGAGUUAGUCGAAUUUUUGCAAAAAAGAUUUCAAAUAUUAGAAGCAGUUGAAGGUGUUCAAAAGCUAAAUAUCAAAAACGAUCAAAAAGGACAUCAGUCCUCAUCAAAAUCAAAAAAAAAUGAUGGAGCAAUGUUUCAAAAAACAAACUUAAUGCACGCAACGACUACUAAAUUAAAAUGUUACGUAUGUAACGAAAGCCACCCAAUUUACCGUUGCCCAACAUUUUUAGUGCUGUCAAUUCCCGAACGAAAACAAAAAAUUGACCAAUUAAAAAUUUGUGUCGUUUGUCUAUCGAAACACGCUGAAAAUAAAUGUAAGUUCAAGGGCUGUCGUAAAUGCGGCGAUAAGCACAAUACAUUGUUGCACACGACCGUUAAUGAUGAUAACAGCGAACCCACAGCAUCGACGUCAAUUAACGCUCACGCAGCAGGUAACGUCGAACAUACGCACGUUUUACUGUCGACGGCUAUUAUAAACAUAAGAGGUAAAUCAAACGAAAUAUUUUGCGCCCGAGCGCUACUCGAUUCAGGAUCACAAAGUAAUUUUAUUACGCAAGAGUUAGCGCAAAAAUUACAGCUAGAUCGAAAAAAGGUAAACUUUGCAAUCACUGGGAUCGACGGGGCAACGAAUCAUGCACAUUUUUCAGUAACAACAGCAGUGCAAUCGCGAACUACGGCAUACAAGGAAACACUCGAAUUUUUAAUAUUACCAAAAAUAACACCUAAUCUACCGAUAAAAAAAAUAAAAUUAGCUAACUCAAGCAUACCGAACUAUGUUAAACUCGCUGAUCCGUCGUACACUGAACCUGGAAAAAUCGAUGUUCUAAUAGGCGCGGAACGUUUUUUCGAAAUAUUGAAAUCUGGCAAGUAUAAGUCAUAUGAAAACGGCCCAGUGUUCCAGGAAACUGAGCUAGGGUGGGUCGUAGCUGGACUAAUUACCGAAAAAACAACAGCUAACGUACACACAUUUGUCACGCAUACAACAAAUAAAGAAAAUGUUGAUCCGUUACAAAACCAGUUGGCGAAGUUUUGGAAUCUUGAAGAAAUCGCGACAGCAAACCAUCACGAUCAGGAUGAAAAACGGUGUGUCGAGCAUUUCGAAAAUACCGUCAAAAGAGGUGACGACGGAAAAUUCAUCAUACAAUUACCAGUAACAAAAGAAGUGGAACAAUUAGGUGAUUCACGAAUAAUCGCUCAAAAACGAUUUCUUGCGUUAGAAAAUCGGUUGCGAAGAGACCGCAAGUUGUACGAAGGUUAUAAAGAAUUUAUAAACGAAUAUUUGCAACUUGGUCAUAUGGAAAUUGCUCCGUGUAAGACGAUCACAAAUUCGAACACGCAAUCGUAUUUUAUGCCGCACCACGCUGUAUGCCGUGACAACAGUCUCACGACAAAAAUACGUGUGGUAUUCGACGCAUCAUGUGCAACCUAUACUGGUUUAAGUUUGAACGACGUGCUACUUAAAGGACCCGCUAUUCAAGAUGAGUUAAUCUGCAUUGUGUCCAGAUUCAGAACACAUAAAUACGUACUGUCAGCUGACAUAAAACAAAUGUACAGACAAAUAUGGGUAUCCGAAAAAGACAAAAACCUACAAAAAAUAUUAUGGCGAUUUAAACCUGACGAUGAGAUUAAAGAAUAUCGAUUAAAGACAGUGACGUACGGCACAAAACCGGCAUCAUAUAUAGCAACAGGUUGCUUAAAAAAAUUGUCAGAUGAAUACAAAACGCAAUAUCCAGUAGCAAGUGAAGUAAUAGCAGCCGAUUUUUAUAUGGAUGAUUUAUUAAGCGGAGCAAACUCAUUAGAGGAAACAAUUACACUACGUAAUAAUUUAAUAACAAUAUUACAUAGUGCGGGACUACAAUUAAGAAAAUGGGUAGCUAAUAAAUCGCAGGUAUUAGCUGACAUUGCUAACGUUGAUAAUGACCCACUGCGAGUAUUGAAUUUAGAUAACAGUCCGAUCAAAAUGCUCGGACUAUUCUGGAACCCGCACAACGACACUUAUGAAUAUAAGGUCAACGACCCGUCACAACAAAUUACGUUAAUAACAAAACGAACAAUAUUAUCAAACAUCGCGACGAUAUUCGACCCUCUUGGAUUAAUUGGUCCGGUAGUUAUAACGGCAAAAAUAAUUAUGCAAAAAUUGUGGCAUAAGGAAAUUAACUGGGACGAACAAUUACCAUUGCCGAUAUUAAAGGAAUGGGAUGAAUAUUGUAAAGAAUUAGUCAAAAUAGAACAAAUCGUAAUUCCAAGGCGAAUAAUCGGUUGCGAUGAUUACGUAAAUAUACAAGUUCACGGAUUCGCGGACGCAUCAACAGUAGCAUACGGUGCGUGUAUAUACCUACGAACAACCGACCGCGCGGGUAAACAUUACACGCGUCUAAUAAUAGCAAAAUCCCGCGUUGCUCCGUUAAAAACGAUCUCUCUCGCGCGAUUAGAACUAUGCGCAGCGGUGUUAUUGGUGCGCCUUACGCAAAAAAUAAUUCCAAAAUUACGCCUAAACAUUACGCAACAAUACUACUGGUCUGAUUCGUCAAUAGUAUUAGCGUGGAUAAACGCACCAUCGUCGCGCUGGAAAACUUUCGUGGCGCACCGAAUCGGAGAAAUACACGAAGCCACGUCUAGUUCGCAGUGGAGGCAUGUAAAGUCGGAAAACAACCCUGCGGACAUAAUAUCCCGCGGUUGCACUCCCAAUAAAUUAUGGAAUAACGUUUUGUGGUGGGAAGGCCCGCCUUGGAUAAACAGUAACGAGGACGAGUGGCCACAAAAUAUGCUAGAAAUAAAAAUAACUGAAAAUGAAAUUCCAGAAAAACUAAAGAGUGACGUAGUAUCAAUAGUCGCGAUUGACGAAAUGUCAAUAAUAGAAAAAUAUUCGUCGCUAUCAAAACUAUUACGCGUGGUAGCUUACAUCAUGAGAUGGAAAGGCCGCGUGAUUAACAAAUUACAGUUCACAACAAGAACGAUAACAUUGGACGAGUUCAACGACUCAAAGGAAAGGAUAAUCAAAAUCGUACAAAAACAACAUUUUAGCAAGGAAAUAAAUUGCUUAAAACAGUCUCAAAACGUAUCUAAUAAAAGUAUGCUACGGUUUUGGCGGCCGUGGUUAGAUAAUAAUAAUAUCUUAAGAGUGGGAGGUCGACUAAAUAAAGCCGAAUCGAUAUGUAACGACAAACGAAAUCCAAUUAUAUUACCCGAAAAGUCAACGCUCACAAAAUUAAUAUUUGAAUUUGAACACCGUCGACUAUUACACGCCUGGCCACAAGCUUUGUUAGCCGGGAUACGAGAAAAAUAUUGGCCAAUGAAUGGAAGAAACCUUGCAAGAAAAAUCGUACACAAAUGUGUACGGUGUUUCCGUACAAAACCAAUAAUAUGUCAACCUAUUUGUGGAGACCUACCAAAGGAUAGAAUAGAACCAGGAAGAGCGUUUGAAGUUUGCGGAGUAGAUUACGCGGGACCGAUCUUAGUAAAGUCGAGUUUACGGCGAAAUGCACAGCCCACAAAGGGUUAUAUUUGCGUAUUUAUUUGUUUCGCCACCAAGGCAGCUCAUCUUGAGCUGGUGGGAGACUUAAGUACUAACGCAUUUUUAGCGGCACUAAGAAGAUUUUGGUCUAGACGUGGACCAAGUAAAGCAAUUUAUUCAGACAACGGCACGAAUUUCGUAGGCGCGAAUAGACAAUUACAAGAACUGCGUGAUUUGUUUCUGUCUGAUCAACAUAACCAGCGACUUCAAGAAGUGGUUAAUGAAGUAGGAGUCCAAUGGAAGUUCAUUCCUCCUCGCGCUCCCCACUUCGGAGGAUUGUGGGAAGCAGCCGUAAAAUCGGUAAAGGGACAUUUACGCAAAAUAUUAGGUAACGCAAUGCUAACGUAUGAAGAAUUGUAUACUGUGUUGGUGCGUAUCGAGGCUGUCUAA